GCUUCUUUUUUCGCCCUGAGUAGCAGUUACUCGUCCUAGUAAUCGGGUGCUAUUGGAACAAGAAGUCACUGAUUUUUGCAACUGAUAGUAGAUUGCUCAACUAUACCCGCUUCGCGGUCCGUCGCUUCACACCAAGAUGCCAGAGCAGCCGAGAAUUUCCACCUCUCAAGGUGGAGCAACGAACCUUGGCGAAAAUAAUAGCGACCUGCACGAAAAAAACCAGAAGGCGGCUGUAGAUGGACCAGCUCCUCCUCUCACCUCCACUCUUGACCACCUUCUCGCAAAACUGGAUUAUUCCAUCCACAACAUGCACAGUCUCCACAAGACGAUGAUGGCCGAGGCAUCGAGGGUUUUGGACACUCCGGACGGGGAGAUCAUUGACGUGAGGAUGGAAGGACAAGGAACUACAGGGACAGCAACGGGGACCACUGGUGGCGCAUCUUCAAACGAGGACGGCGCAGAUGCAAACAAGUUCGAAGAUGUCACCGACGAUCUCAAUCUGGUGCAGGUCUCCAUCGGAAAGGAUUGUAAUGGAAAGGGCGUUUUGACCCUCGGGAAGCCGAAGAGUCACCCUGUUGGCGGUGGUGGAAGAUCAAGUCGUGCCUCUUCGUCUGCGUCGACAAGUGCAGAGGAACGCUCUGCUGAGUCUUCCGAGGUAGACGAAAGCAGCAUCCCGUUUCUCUCUACGGGCGAGGAGCACGACCAGUUGGCGGCGAUUUUGCCCUGGGCAUCAGCAUCACAUCAAGUAGGCGACGAAGCCUCUGACGCUGUUGCUGUUGAAAAUAAAGGCAUCAAUUCCAAUUGCGAUGAUUCAUCUUCUGAUCCGGAACAAUACGAGGAACUGCAGUAUGUAGACGAGAAGGAGCGCUACGCCGAUAGACAUCACGACCAGAACCAGAUAUCUAUCGCGAAGAAAGACCGCCUUCUUUUCGACGCCUGCGCGCGGAACAUCCUGCUGGAAUGCAGAAAAAGGCAGCUUGUCGUGCGACCAUCUCACAUAUUAGCAGGAUGCUUUUCUGGUGAAAUGACUACGCAAGAAAAUAACUUGAAUUGCAGCAGAGCUUCGUCGUCCUACUCCCCCUCCUCCUCUACCACUGUCAGUUGUAGCACUGCUGCGAUAGCCACAUCAUCUGCCGGCUGCGGUGUUUUCACAGAACGGGAAAUCAAGAAAGGCGAAGUGGUGUUUUCCUAUCGCGGUAGAAUUCUUUGUCGAAAGUUGCCGGAGAUGAAAAACGCUGAUGGAGGGCCGAAAGCAACAAUUUUCGACACCAUCCGACAAGCUCGGGAAAGCUGCAUGACAAAGAACAUCACAACAAGAGAGAACCACCUGCUCCAGCAACUCGUCUUCAACGAAUCGGACCUCGGGCCGCGCACGGAUCGUGCUUUUCGGUACCGAAUGCAGCUCGACCGCUAUCACGACAUGGACGGGGGGACGGGAGGACCAGCACCCUUCGCCGCCUGUCUGGCGGCGUAUUGCAACAGCAGUCGCGGAGUUUCAGUUUGUCAUGCAGAUACAGAAGAGAAACAAAACCAAAUCGAAAACCUCAUCCCGGUUUUGGACCACACGAAGGGAUUGAGCAGCAAAGCCGUGCAGUUUGUCGCGAGAAGGGACAUUGCUGUUGGGGAGGAAUUGUUGUGGGACUAUGAUUUUCACAUGGAGAAUAAAAAUGCUGAAAAAACAGGAGACACGACAUCAGAAGUAGUGCAGAAUCAAGAAAAUGAACCAAAAAACAAGAUGAACAAUCAUGAUCCGGUCUAUGAGCGGAUGCUGUUUCAUAUGAACCGAGGUGAAUCGGACAACGCACACGCAUUUUAAACAUCG